UAUUUUACAAACAAAUUUUACGACAACAACUUAGAUAUGUUUAAUGGAUUUGAAAUAUUCGGAAGUAUUUAUAUAUCGCGUAUAUAAAUACGCAACAGACGUUUCCGUUAUCGAGUAUGUGCAUGAAGAGUUGUAUAUAGGGUGUAUUUCUUAUGAAAGACGUUUGUUGUGUAAUUUAGUUCUGUUUGGAUAUCCAACAAAAAUAUUAUAAUUAGCUACAUUCAUUUCUGUAUAACUAGUGUUACUUUUAUCUAUUUUGUUAGAGCUGUUAAACAGAAGUUUUCAAUGUUUUCUUUUCAACCUCAUAGUCAGGUGUUAUAUCAUCUGACACAAUUAACUUCGAUAGUCAAUUCAAAAUCUACCCCGUUUUCAGCUAAAAUUAAGAAACACAAUGAGAUUAAAAAUGCUACAGAUGAUGUUUUGCCUAUUAGUUCAUCAGAAGCUGCAAAAAGUUAUGUGGAUAUGUUAACAACCAAGUUAAACAUGUAUGAUAUUAUUACGAUGUUUGACAUCAACACAAAUAAUGUUCUAGUAAUAUUAGAUCGACUUUCUAUGAAAACUUUGAAAAGAAAUUUAGAGAAAAAUAAUAGAUGGAAAGUAUCUUAUGUAUCAGGAUCAAAUUUUAAUCAAAACAAACAGAAAAUCCUUUGCGCACAAUUUACGAAACAACUUGUUUUGCCUACUAUGUAUUUAACGUCUGUGAAGCAUCACAAAACAUCAUGCACUUUAUGCACUGCAAAUCCAUUUAAUUAUCAUAUACAAAUUCGUGGUUUUAAAACAAAACGUAGUAUAAACAUAGAAUUUGAAAAAAAUGCAUCGUUUCUAAACAGAUUUAGAAACCGGCUUGGUCAACUUUCAGAUACAAAUACAAGAUGGAAUUUUAAAGAUAAAGAUCCUGUUACACUUAGAUCUUUGUUCAGUCAAGAUAAUAGUCAAAAGACAGAGGAACAUAAAAAAAUUGCAGCAGCUUUUAUAGAAGGAUAUGAAGCAGGACUUCAACGAAAACGUACAACUGGUGGAUGGCAUAAAAUAAUAUCUGGCUUAUUCAUAGGUACUCUACUAAUAAUACUUUGGUAUGGAGUUUAUGCUGUAGGAAGUGGAUUACGAUUUUCAAUGGAUGGUGGCAGAUUUAGACCAGAAACAACAGACAUAACUUUUAGCGACGUCAAAGGAGUUGCAGAAGCUAAACAAGAAUUGAGAGAUAUAGUUGAAUUUUUGAAAAAUCCAGAAAAAUUUUCUGCACUUGGUGCAAAGUUACCUAAAGGUGUGUUAUUAGUAGGACCACCUGGAACAGGGAAAACGCUGUUAGCUCGAGCAGUAGCUGGCGAAGCUGGUGUACCAUUUUUUUUUCAAGCAGCUGGUCCAGAAUUUGAUGAAAUUUUAGUAGGACAAGGUGCACGCAGAAUGAGAGAUUUAUUUAAGGCAGCAAAACAAAGAGCGCCUGCUGUGAUAUUUAUAGAUGAAAUUGAUUCUGUUGGUGCGGAACGAACAAAUUCAUCUGUUCAUCCAUAUGCAAAUCAAACAGUGAAUCAGCUACUUACCGAAAUGGAUGGAUUUCUUCAAAAUGAAGGAGUUAUAGUAUUAGGCGCAACAAAUAGGCGCGACGAUUUGGACAAAGCUUUAAUGCGACCUGGACGUUUUGAUGUUGAAGUUGUUGUCGAUGUACCGGAUUACAUGAGCCGAAAAGAAAUUUUUGAUUUAUAUCUAUCAAGAAUAUUAACAAAAGAUGUUGACUCGGAAUAUUUAGCAAGAUGUACCGUUGGAUUUACUGGAGCUGAUAUAGAGAAUAUGGUUAAUCAAGCAGCUUUGAAAGCAGCUAUAAAUGAUGCAGAAUAUGUGACGAUGAAUCACUUAGAAUAUGCUAGAGACAAAUUAAUCAUGGGUCCGGAAAGAAAAUACAAAAUCAAGGAUGCUGAAGCCAAUCGUAUCACAGCAUAUCAUGAAGCAGGACACGCAUUGGUUGCGUUUUAUACUACAGACGCGCCAGCAAUACAUAAAAUUAGCAUCAUGCCUCAUGGACAUUCUUUAGGGCAUACAGCGUUUUUAGCUACCAAAGAUGAAGUUCACGUCACAAAAUCUCAGUUAUUAGCUCAGAUGGAUUGUGCAAUGGGUGGUCGUGCUGCAGAAGAAUUAAUUUUUGGACCGGACAAAGUAACAUCAGGAGCAUUAAGCGAUUUCAAGGGAGCAACUACCAUUGCUGAGAAAAUGGUAAAUUUAUACGGUAUGUCUGAGAAAGUUGGUUUUGGAGUGCGAACAAUGAAUGAAAAGGAAGGAUAUAAACCAGGUCCUUCGACGAUUGAUCUCGCUGACACUGAAGUCAAAUGUCUAUUACAAGAAUCAUACGACCGUGCAAAAACAAUAUUACAAAAGCAUGCGAAAGAACUUAAAAGAUUAGCAGAUGCGUUACUUAAAUAUGAAACAUUAAAUUAUAAAGAUUUAAAAGCUGUUAUUAACGAAGAAAAAUUUCCAAUUGAAACAUUAAAUAAUCAACCGCGAAUUAUAGAACCAUCUGAACAUGUAUUAUAACUAGUAUACAGAAAUUCAGUUUAAAUGGUAAUUAAAAUAAAUUAUUUGUUGCAAUAUCACAUUUUAUAAUUACACUUCAUAUUACUGGAUUAUAUUAACAAAUAUUACAUAUACAGAAUUAUUAAAUUUCUUUAAAAUGUAUUAGUUUCACAAUUCUUCAUAAUGUGGUAGUUUUAGUUUCUUGUCACUGACAUUUUUAAUAUACAUAUAUCAGAUUUUGUAUAAUAUUUCUUGUAAACUUAUUUAUGUACAAAUAGUCUCGACUGAGUCAUACAUCAUAAUAAAAACUAGACUAAGAUGCAUAGAGAAAAGUAAAAUGUACAUAAUCAUAUACAGGGUGUGUUAUAAUAUGUGGGACUCAUUUCAGGAGUAGAUAAUAAGCACAAAAACAAUAAUAAAGUUCUAUAAACACGUGUCCUAUUUGAUCUUGUUUCGAAAUUAUAGCCACGUUUAUAUUUCAACAAUCCACAAAUACUUACCUUUAUAGAAGGCACUCGAAAAGAUUGUCCUCGGUCUGUAUGCAAGUUUGUAGUCAUCGUAUCAAUGAAUUUCGAAAUUUUUAAAAAAUUCUAAGUGUACGUCAAAUUUGCUGGCAGUCUUGUUACAUACGUGCAAGGAAUAUAACACUGUCAACAAGAUAAGUAGUUGCAGAUUAUUGAUACACAAAAUUGGUCAUAACUUUGAAAUAUGGUCAAAUGGGAUAUAUGUUUACAUGAACUUUUUCCAUUGCUUCUGUGUUUCCUGUCCACACCUAAAGUGGGUCCCAUAUAUUACGAAACACCCUGUAUAAUUUUAUAAUUAUGUAUUUUAGAGAAUUUUAUUAUAUUCUUUUAAACUUAUUAAAUAUAUCUUACAAAUACAUAUAACUAAAUUAUAAUUCUAGACAAAAAUUUGUAUUCUUCAAUUACAUAAACAGUAUGUAUAUAAUGUCAUUAUUACAUUAUACACAUUUUAUCAUUUGAAAUAUCAAAUAAGUGUCAGCCAUACGAGUUCACUUGAUUGUAUUUUGGUUACUAAUAUUGUAAUAAAGUUCUUUUUUACAUUAA